AUGACGCACCUCACCAAGCCGCAUAAAAACGCGGAGGCCUGCGCCGCCGGCGUCAGACAACGUGCUCAACUCGGACUCGAGACUAAGAUGCGUUGCUAUCUACAAGUGCUGCUGAUCUGUGCUGCUGCGCUGGCAGCGCACGCCCUGGAGAUUGGACUGCAGCAGUUGCCGGUGGUGCAGCAACAGGUGCCAAUUGUGCAGCAGGUGCCCAUCAUAGUACAGCAGCAGCCGCAGCCGCAGGCGCUUGGCCUGGGCGGACUGGUGGGCGGCGGUGCCGGUUUUGGCGGCGGCUUUGGCAGCUAUCGCGAGAGCUAUCGCAUUAGGGGGCGUGCCUUCGGCGGCGGCGGCUUUAAAGGCGGCCUGGGACAUGGCCUGGGCGGUGGCUUUGGCGGCGGCGGCUUUCGCGCACGCUACGACAAGAAGGUGGUCGGCGGCUUUGGUGGUGCCGGCGUGCUGGGCGGUGCGGGCGGCGCUGCGUUACUUGGUUAA